AUGACAGAAAAUAAUUUUUGGUUGAAGAAGAUAGAAAUCAGUGUUUCCGAAGCAGAAAAACGAACUGGAAGAAAUGCCAUGAACAUGCAAGAGACAUACACUGCUUACCUCAUUGAAACAAGGUCAGUUGAACAUAGUGAUGGCCAGAGUGUCCUGACGGACUCUCUUUGGAGGCGCUAUAGUGAAUUUGAGUUGUUGAGAAACUACCUGUUAGCGUUCUAUCCCCAUGUUGUUGUACCACCUCUACCAGAGAAAAGGGCAGAGUUUGUGUGGCAUAAACUGUCUGCUGACAACAUGGAUCCAGACUUUGUGGAAAGACGACGCAUCGGUUUAGAAAACUUCCUCUUGAGGCUUGCGUCCCACCCCAUCCUGUGUCGAGACAAGAUCUUCUAUUUGUUUUUGACACAGGAAGGAAACUGGAAGGAGACUGUGAAUGAAACGGGGUUUCAGCUAAAGGCAGACUCCAGGUUAAAAGCGCUUAAUGCAACAUUCAGAGUGAAAAACCCAGACAAGAGGUUCACUGAACUGAAACACUACAGCGAUGAACUGCAAUCUGUCAUCUCCCAUCUUCUUCGAGUCCGAGCUAGAGUGGCAGACCGACUCUAUGGUGUAUAUAAAGUGCAUGGGAAUUAUGGACGAGUCUUUAGCUGCAUGUGCAGGGAAAGUUGCACUGUUUACAGAAUGCUUUUCUUAACCAGGUAUGCAUCUUCUAUUGACGAUAUUUUGGAAGAUGAAGAACAUUAUGCAGAUCAGUUAAAAGAGUAUCUUUUUUAUGCGGAAGCACUGCGGGCUGUGUGCAGGAAGCAUGAACUCAUGCAGUACGAUUUGGAGAUGGCUGCUCAGGACUUGGCUUCCAAGAAGCAGCAAUGUGAGGAGCUGGCUACUGGGACUGUGAGAACAUUCUCUUUGAAGGGAAUGACUACCAAGCUCUUUGGUCAAGAAACUCCAGAGCAGAGAGAAGCCAGAAUCAAGGUGCUAGAAGAACAGAUAAGCGAAGGAGAACAACAACUGAAGUCGAAAAAUCUGGAAGGCAGAGAAUUUGUGAAGAAUGCUUGGGCUGAUAUUGAGCGCUUCAAAGAACAAAAGAACCAUGAUUUGAAGGAGGCCCUCAUCAGCUAUGCGGUCAUGCAGAUCAGCAUGUGCAAAAAGGGAAUUCAAGUUUGGACCAAUGCUAAGGAGUGCUUUAGCAAGAUGUAAACCUGUGGAAUGCAUUUCUCUUCAAUCAAAGUGCCCCAAAGCAGAAGCACAAGUCAAUAAAAGGAGUUUAAGUUGCUACCCAAAGUACACAUAAGCAUACCAUAAGUUGAGUACAUUCAACGGUCUUUCACUGAUUGUAGUUGUGUGACUAUAGCACACACACACACACAAAAUGUAUUUUAAUAAGAAUUAAAUAUUGCAGUUGAGGUUUGGGGGACUGGUGCUGAUUCCAAAAAGUCAAUUUGAUAAUAAACACCACAGAUUGCUUGUCAGGCUUCUGAACCAAUGACUGAAUGUCAGGAUGCCCCUAGUCUCUAGGUGUUCAUUUCCGUGCCAGCUGUCUCGGAUCUGUGAUACAGGGAUGUUUUUCCUAAGACCGAAUGCCUAUCUUUUCUCGGGUAAGAUUCACCUAUCUGUUACAAGGGGUUAUUUUUCUUGCCUUAUAGUUGAGCCGUUUGGUUUGACAAAGAUCAGCAGAAACUUAGUAUGAAAUCUAAGAUGUUCGCCCAUAUUCAUUGAAGCCCCCUGUAACAUUUGCAGACACUAGAAAAUGCCUUCAAUUUGUGUUUUACCAGAAUUUUGAUACUGGCCAAAAAUUUUAUACUGCCAACAACGACGACUUCUCAGCUAUAUAAUGGAAUAAAUACAUUGUUGUGAUCUAGAAAUCACUAUAUAGAAAGUUUUAAUUGAUUGUCUUACAUAUGAAAAUGCUUCUCAAAUAAUUCUUCACCUCAGUGAUGAGUCUGGAUGUACUCUGCAUGGCUCUGUGCACACGGCACUCCAGGGUACGAGAUGUGUGUACUCAGCAAUGCGUCUCCCUGUCUCCAUCACUAACACCUCCUUUCUAUUGCCUGGCUAUGGUUUGUGUAAAGAUAAAUUAUAUAUUGUGUGUGUGUACACGUGUGCGUGUGUGUUUGUGGUAUAUGUUCAAAAUCCAAGCACCCUUAUUUUGCGAGCUUUGCAGAAUCUUAAAUGUAUACUCAUUGUUUCUAAUUAUGUAAAAAAAAGUUUAGCAUAUGACUUUUUUACAUGUUUAAAAUGUUGCUGGAUUUUGUGCUGUUUGCCAAACUUAGACAAUAAACAAAUGAAGUAUUGUGCUGGUU